UUCAGUUCCGCCAAGUCGCAGAGAGAGAGAGAGAGAGAGAGAGAGAUGUGGAAAUGUUAGCCCUCUUUUGAUCCAGCAACAAAGCUUCAAUUCCCUCCAUCUUCUUCCUCCUCACCCUCCUAGAUAUAUUGAUUGUUUAUAUUCGUACAUAUAUAUAGACCAAAUUGUAUGCCAUUUAUUCAUUUCGUUCUUGUAUAUAUACGGUCAAUCAAGCAAGAACAAUGUCUCUGAACAUGAAAACCCUAACCCAAGCCUUUGCGAAGACCGCCGCGGUCAUCGAAAAGACCGUUCAGACCACCGUACAGGAGGUCACCGGACCCAAACCCCUCCAGGAUUACGACCUACUCGACCAGAUCGGCUCGGCAGGCCCUAGCCUCGUGUGGAAGCUCUACUCGGCCAAGGCUCGGGAUUCCACGAGGCCCCAACAGUACCCGAUCGUGUGCGUCUGGGUCUUGGAUAAGAGGGUGCUUUCGGAGGCACGCGCGCGUGCGGGGUUGUCCAAGGCGGCCGAGGAUGCUUUCUUCGACUUAAUUAGGGCCGAUGCGGGGAGGCUGGUGAGGCUGAGGCAUCCCGGGGUUGUACACGUGGUGCAGGCCCUGGACGAGAACAAGAAUGCGAUGGCGAUGGUGACGGAGCCGCUCUUUGCGUCGGUGGCGAACGCGCUGGGGAAUGUGGAGAAUGUGGCUAAAGUGCCUAAGGAGCUCAAGGGAAUGGAAAUGGGUUUGUUGGAGGUUAAGCAUGGUUUGCUUCAGAUAGCAGAAUCCUUGGACUUUCUACACAACAAUGCGCAUCUCAUUCAUCGGGCUAUAUCACCUGAGAAUGUUCUUAUUACUUCAAGUGGAGCUUGGAAGCUUGGGGGGUUUGGUUUUGCAAUCUCGACAGAUCAGACCUCUGGCGAUAUGGCAAGUGGGCAGGCUUUCCAUUAUGCUGAAUAUGAUGUCGAGGAUUCAUUACUACCGCUUCAGCCAUCACUAGAUUACACUGCUCCUGAACUGGUUCGGAGAAAUGCAUCUUCAGCUGGAUGUUUUUCUGAUAUUUUCAGUUUUGGGUGCCUUGCCUACCACUUAGUAGCUCGCAAGCCAUUGUUUGAUUGCCACAACAAUGUCAAGAUGUAUAUGAAUACGUUGACUUACUUAUCCAAUGAAGCUUUCUCAUCCAUUCCACCGGAGUUAGUUACUGAUUUGCAGAGAAUGCUUUCUGGAAAUGAGUCUUUGAGGCCAACAGCGUUGGAUUUUACAGGUUCUCCAUUUUUCCGGAAUGACACUAGGUUGCGUGCUCUUCGCUUCCUCGACCACAUGCUUGAAAGAGAUAACAUGCAGAAGUCUGAAUUUUUAAAAGCAUUAUCUGAUAUGUGGAAAGAUUUUGACUCACGUGUAUUGCGGUAUAAGGUACUUCCUCCUCUUUGUGCAGAACUUCGGAAUCUGGUAAUGCAGCCAAUGAUUUUGCCCAUGGUUCUUACAAUAGCAGAGUCUCAGGAUAAAAAUGAUUUUGAGCUAUCAACACUACCAGCUCUUGUUCCUGUUCUGAGUAGUGCUGCAGGCGAGACACUAUUGCUGCUUGUGAAGCAUGCAGACCUUGUAAUCAUCAAGACUAGUCAGGAGCACUUAGUAUCACAUGUCCUGCCUAUGAUUGUUCGGGCAUAUGAUGAUACCGAUGCUCGAAUACAAGAGGAAGUUUUGAGAAAAUCAGUAUCGCUUUCUAAGCAACUGGAUCCUCAGCUAGUGAAACAAGCGAUUUUGCCUCGCGUUCAUGGCUUAGCUCUAAAAACAACAGUUGCUGCGGUGAGAGUCAAUGCUCUGUUAUGCUUGGGAGACCUGGUGAGCUCACUUGAUAAACAUGCUGUUUUAGACAUCUUGCAAACAGUUCAACGUUGUACAGCUGUUGACCAUUCUGCUCCUACGCUUAUGUGUACCCUUGGUGUUGCAAACUCGGUACUUAAGAAGCAUGGAGUAGAAUUUGUUGCAGAGCAUGUCCUUCCACUACUCACUCCUCUUCUUACUGCUCAACAAUUAAAUGUUCAGCAGUUUGCUAAAUAUAUGCUAUUUGUCAAGGAUGUUCUCAGGAGAAUAGAAGAAAAACGGGGAGUAACUUUGACUGAUUCUGGAAUCCCGGAAGUUAAACCAUCUAUGUCUGAUAGUGGCCUAAUAUCCCAAGCCUCAACUAAAAUAACUGGAACUGUCAAUUCCACGACAAAGAGCAACCCGGCAUGGGAUGAAGAUUGGGGUCCAGCCAAAAAGGUUUAUGCAACCACCCUUCAAAGUUCUACAAACAACAGUCACUCCUCUCAGUCUGAUUUGAGUUUUCAACCAGUUCAAGUAAAUUCAAAACAAUCAAAAUUUUCGAUGAUACCUGCACUAUCCAGCCAGCAAACGGCGGCUUCAUGUCCUCCAGUUGAUAUUGAGUGGCCUCCUCGAGCAUCGUCUGGAGUUGCCCCCCAAUUUGGAGACGCUGAGAAGCAGUUGAAUGCAGGAGCAUCAUCCACCUCGAGUUUCAGUGAUAUAGAUCCUUUCUCUGAUUGGCCUCCACGGCCUGCUGGCUCAGCAAGUGGGGCUGGAAUUUCUAACAAUGGCACAAUGGGACACCCCCUUAACAAACAUGGGUCUAGUCCAAUCUCGAAUACACUAAACAACAUGAGCUUCCCAAUGAACAACAACAAUAACAGUUGGGCCUUCAACACACACAGUUCUGUUGAUCCUUUAAGACAGAGUCAAGGGAAUCCGACUCUUACUAUUGGUAGUCUGGGAAGUGUUAACGCCCAAAGCUCUAUUGGGUUUUUGAAACAGAGUCAGGGUGUACCAGCUUCUAGUAAUUACACUGAUAAGAAAUCAACAGAUCUUGGAUCCAUAUUUGCUUCUAGCAAGAAUGAGCUGUCUGCCCCUAGACUUGCUCCGCCCCCAACUACUGCUGUGGGUAGAGGAAGAGGAAGAGGGAGGGGGGUCUCCUCAGCCUCUCGAUCUAGUCAUACCAAAACACCAUCUGAACAGCCGCCCUUAUUGGAUUUGCUAUGAUCAGACCUUGCAGGUCAGCCAUUCCGUGCUGCAGAGAGAGAUUUUGUAAAGUGUGUUGGAGGUGCCACUUGGUAUAAAUGUGCAGGGGAGUGCUGCGGCUCUGGGGGAUGGCAAGAUUGAUUAUGUUGUGGUUUGUUGUGCUUGGCUUGUAGGUUAUUGUGACAUAUUCUUGAUAAUUUUCUUGAUAAUUUUUUUUCUUCAUAUAUUUUCUUGUUUAAUUUCGUUCGUAUCAUUAGAUGUUGAGAAUUUAUUUUUCGGAAUAGUGUCUUCUUAAAAAAGAGUCCUGUAUCCGAUGACUGGGGUUGGAAAUAAUAGAAAAUUAGGAAGCUU